CAAAGGAUGGAGCGUCUAGGGACCGUGGGCAAGUCCCAGGGGGGCAUCGGAGCGGCUGACGCAACCGGAAGGGUGUGCUUAGGGAGCGUCUGCAAAGAACGUGAAAGGAAAACAGGGAUCUUCUAACUGGGACAAGGCUGGAAGCUGCCCUUUUCCACUGACUCCCUGCCAACUAAGAGUGGUCACGCACUUUCUCCCGCCCACCUGCCCAUCACUGUGAUUAGCUGCCCACUCAGCGGACCAGGAUGGGCGGGACUGUCGGGGACCUCGCGUGACGUGGGCAGCCCGCCCGCCAGCGGGAGACGAGUGACGACGAUACUAGUGACGGCGGAGCGGCCGGCCGACGUUACUGCGGCGGUCCGAGUAAAUAAGGCCUGGCCCGGCUCCCAGCUGGUGGUUACAGGAGGAGCCCCGCACAGGACUUAAGGAUGCUGUGAACAGAAGAUGGGAUCACGGAACAGCAGCAGCGCAGGGUCCGGGUCAGGCGACCCCUCCGAGGGCUUGUCCCGAAGAGGGGCUGGCCUGCGUCGUACUGAGGAAGAGGAAGAGGAGGACGAAGAUGUGGAUCUGGCCCAGGUACUGGCCUAUCUUCUCCGCAGAGGCCAAGUGAGGUUGGUGCAGGGAGGAGGUGCAGCAAAUUUACAACUCAUCCAGGCCCUCUCCGACUCCAAGGAAGAGCAUGACAGUGCCUGGGAUGGUCGUCUUGGAGAUCGAUACAACCCACCUGUAGAUACGACCCCUGACACCCGGGAGCUGGAAUGCAGUGAGAUCAAGACACAGGUGGAAUUGGCCACAGGGCGGCUAGGACUUAGGAGGACAGUCCAGGAGUACAGCUUUCCUCGAAUGUUACACCAGAGAGAACGGGGCCUCUGCCACCAGGGAAGCUUCUCCCUUGGAGAACGAUCUCGAGUGAUGUCUCACUUCUUGCCCAAUGAUCUGAGCUUCAUUGAUGCCUACUCACAGAAGGCUUUCUGUGGCAUCUACAGCAAAGAUGGUCAGCUCUUCAUGUCUGCUUGCCAAGAUCAGGUAAUCCGACUGUAUGACUGCCGGUAUGGCUGCUUCCAUAAAUUCAAAAGCAUCAAGGCCCGAGAUGUAGGUUGGAGUGUCCUGGAUGUUGCCUUCACCCCUGAUGGGAACCAGUUGCUCUACUCCAGCUGGUCUGAUUACAUUCAUAUCUGCAAUAUCUAUGGCGAAGCAGACACUCACAUUGCCUUGGAUCUAAGGCCAGAUGAGCGUCGCUUUGCUGUCUUCUCCAUUGCUGUCUCCUCAGAUGGACGAGAAGUUCUGGGAGGAGCCAAUGAUGGCUGCCUAUAUGUUUUUGACCGAGAACAAAACCGGCGCACCCUUCAGAUUGAAUCUCAUGAGGAUGAUGUGAAUGCAGUAGCCUUUGCAGAUAUCAGCUCCCAGAUCCUAUUCUCUGGGGGAGAUGAUGCUAUCUGUAAAGUAUGGGAUCGACGCACCAUGAGGGAAGAUGACCCCAAGCCCGUAGGUGCAUUGGCUGGACACCAGGAUGGCAUCACCUUUAUUGACAGCAAGGGUGAUGCCCGGUAUCUCAUCUCCAACUCCAAAGACCAGACCAUCAAGCUGUGGGACAUCCGACGUUUUUCCAGCCGGGAAGGCAUGGAAGCCUCACGCCAGGCUGCCACACAGCAAAACUGGGACUAUCGCUGGCAGCAGGUGCCCAAAAAAGCCUGGCGGAAACUGAAGCUCCCAGGGGACAGCUCUUUGAUGACCUACCGGGGCCAUGGAGUCCUACAUACCCUCAUCCGCUGUCGGUUCUCCCCAGCCCACAGCACAGGCCAGCAGUUCAUCUACAGUGGCUGCUCUACUGGCAAAGUGGUUGUAUACAACCUCCUCAGCGGUCAGAUUGUGAAGAAGCUGACCAACCACAAGGCCUGUGUACGUGACGUCAGUUGGCAUCCCUUUGAAGAAAAGAUUGUCAGCAGUUCGUGGGACGGAAACCUGCGUCUGUGGCAGUACUGCCAGGCUGAGUACUUCCAGGAUGACAUGCCAGAGUCUGAGAAAUGCCCCAGUGCCCCCAUUCCAGUGUCCUGCCCCUCUAUGGCUUUUUCUUCACCUCAGUAGAUCUGACCGCCAGCUUUUUUACAUAGUGAACUUUCAACAUGUUCUUUGCCACCUCCUUCCUUUUUCAAGUCUUCUGGGAAAGUGGAGGAAUCACUGGCAUUGGAAAGUGAGAAGCAGAAGCUCAAUAUUGGGCCCCAGCUAAGGCCUGGAAGAUCCAUCCCAGCAAGCCAAGUGAUCUCUUCAUGUAUUUACACUCUAUCUUCUUGGGUUCCUAUCUCUGGCCAGAAUGUGGUAGGACUGCCAUUAUCUGGGGUGCCACUUUCACCAACAAGAGAACUAUCCUGAGUGGUUUUGAUCAUGUAAAGAUACUAGGUGUUAACUCAUAGAGUAGAUGCCUGGGGUCAGGUCUGAACAGACCUAUAGCCAAGCCCAUUUGCCCAGGUCUUCACAUUGGCCAGGUGUCCUUGGCUUUUCUUCCUAAGGCCUUUGGGGAAGGGCAGAGGUGUUUUCUUAGCACCCUCCUGGGGUGGGAACUGCCUACUUUCAUAGCUAGAUUUUUGGGGCUGGGCAAGCUAUGGUGUGAGGGGCAGGAGUCUUCCAGAAGUUUUGUAUGGCCCUGCAUAGGUCAGGCCCUACCUUCUCUAAGGGUCCUCAUGCUGGAGACAUACUGCUUCAAGGAACGAGGUUGAAAUAGGACUCCUCCAUCCUCUUAUUGGCUUUAGCUCUCCCAAUAAACUGUCUACGGGAA